CCGGGCGGAAAUCACUGCCUCAGAUUCCUCAGCCGGAAGCCCGAGGAAAUAGAAAACAGAAAGCCGAAUCGGAAAAUCUCCCGGGCUCCUUUAAUAAAUAAAUAAAUAAAUAAAAUCAAAGAAGGCUGAGCCCUCAGCUGGAAAGGCCGACAGCUUUAAAAAGCACCACUCGUCUCCAGCGAAUGCAUCUGAGUCCUUUCGGAGAAUCGGCAAGUAGGCGGAGCUUAGCCGCGCACUAUUGGGCUGGGCCUGGCUGCGGGAGCCAGUGGGACAGGUCGAGGCCAGGGUCAGAAGGGCGAAAGAACAGUUCGCCGAGCCACCAGAAGCCGGCCAAGAUGAUCAAGCUAUUCUCGCUGAAACAGCAGAAGAAGGAGGAGGAAUCGGCUGGCGGCACCAAAGGCUCCAGCAAGAAAGCCUCUGCCGCGCAGCUCCGCAUCCAGAAAGAUAUAAAUGAACUGAAUUUGCCGAAAACAUGUGAAAUAGACUUUUCAGACCAGGAUGAUCUUCUCAAUUUCAAGCUAGUUAUCUGCCCUGAUGAGGGAUUCUAUAAAGGUGGGAAAUUUGUAUUCAGCUUUAAGGUUGGGCAAGGUUACCCGCAUGAUCCCCCCAAAGUCAAGUGUGAGACUAUGGUGUAUCACCCAAAUAUAGAUUUAGAAGGCAAUGUUUGCCUAAAUAUUCUCAGAGAGGACUGGAAGCCUGUACUAACAAUAAACUCUAUAAUUUAUGGCCUGCAGUAUCUCUUUUUGGAGCCAAACCCCGAAGACCCCUUGAACAAAGAGGCUGCCGAAGUACUCCAGAACAACAGACGCCUGUUUGAGCAGAACGUCCAGCGCUCGAUGCGGGGUGGCUACAUUGGUUCCACCUACUUUGAGCGUUGCCUCAAAUAGAACUGACUGGCUCCGGGCACAAACUUGCUCCCUCUCCCCCUCCCCUCAUCUCCCUUCUAGCUCUUCUAAGGGACUCAGCCAACACCGCUGCCUUCAAGGGGGCACAGGAGUCAGAAAUGGCAGGCGACCCCCUCCAUCUUCUUUUUUUCUUUUCCUUUUCCCCUCCAUCUGCUCACCUGCUGCCCUUGCCAGCCUGGAGCUUCAGCAACCACUGUCUCACCAGAUCCUUGUACCUCCCUCACUGCUCUCUCUCUCUGCUGCUGUGGGGCGAGGGCUGAGGUUACUGCUGCUUCUUUGUCUCACUCCUUAUGUUGGGGUAGCCACCUAUUCCUGACUGUGUGGAACCCUAUCUGUCUUUCUGGGAACGGUGGUUUUGCUGCUAAGAACAGAAAGCUCCCUAUGUGCUCUGGCAUUCCUUCCUGCAGUGCAGUGUUAUUCAACUGCGAGAUCUGCAGGCCACUUGCCUCUCCUUUCCUCUCCUGCUGGGCACCACAGCUUCUGACCAUAACUAUUUAUUAAAUGGGGGAGGCUCUUGAGGACUGGUGGAAGGCCAGAGCAGGAUGCUCAGCUGCCUUCACUCCACCCCAGGCAUUGUGGCUCAAGGGGGAGGGGCUGGGCUAGGCCUGGGAUAUUUCUUCUAGGAUCAACUCACUUGGGUGUUUGGUUUUUAAGGAAAAGCUAAUAAAGCCAUCACCAUCACACCCACCAAUGCUCAUAGUAGUGGUAAUAAAAGUAACAGGGAGACUGCUGAUCCUAUUGUUGUUUACCAGGGCCUGCCCAACAAUGAACUCUACUCUGCCUCUCCAGUGACUCCUGCAAGUCCCUGGCCAACAUAAAGCCACUGUAAUUCUAGUGUGUCGGGUUAUUAAAGGGGAACGUUAGCACAUUCAA